UUGACUCAGUAAGUCAGAAACGUAGCAAGAUGGCGAUUUUUUUUGUACGAUGAUUGGCCGACGGUGACGUUUUUAUUUCCCGGGUGAUGGGCGCCCGCCGGCAGCUAAAAUCACUAUGCUACAUCUGACUAAAAACCCUACCAACUACCUCAUAACACAGCCUGGUGAACGACUCAUAAUAACAAGGACUCUGAUAUUUUGCGUCUCACGGUGAACAUCACGACAUGUCUAACUCCGUCAAUAUCGAUGGCGAUAUCAACUUCUUCUAUGAGGAUAGUGGGACGGACGGCUUGGACUCCUCUGACUACACCACCAUGGUAUUAGUUCAUGGAUUGGGAUUUAACGGGGCCGUCUUCCGAAAGUUGUUUCCAUUUGGGCCCAGUCAUAACUACCGCAUCGUGAGUCUUUACAGGCGAGGGUACGCUCCAAGUAGUCCCUGGACCGAAGAAGAGGUGGCACUCCUCACGAGCUCCGAUUUAGAGGAUGGAAAGAAGUUCAUUCGACUUGCUGGUCUCCAGAUUGCAAAGUUUCUUCUCGGGUUCGCCGCUUCACAGGGCAUCCCGAAAUAUGACAAGGAGAAAAAGACAGGAGGAAUUGUGCUCAAUGCCUGGUCUCUGGGGACGGUAUAUUCACAGGCCGUGCUGUCCGCUUUGGACAGUUUGACCACUGAGGAACUUGGCCAACUGGAAACCUAUCUCCACGCCAUCAUCUAUCAUGAUCCGAUUAUGAUUACUUUUGGAAUACCCCGACCGCCCUUGGCAGAAUCUUCCCCGCACUUGCAAUUGGCUACAAUUGCUGAAAGAUGGACGUCUUUCAAGAAGCUUGUCACAAGCUUCUACGUCCACCGAAACCCAUACUCGUGUGACCUCGCAGACCUAAAUAUGUUCAAACCCGAUGAGGACAGACCUGCUUCUCUGAGCGAUCUCCCGGAGGAAGAGCUCGAGCAGAUGUUAUCUUUCGAGAUGUAUGCCAGUCAUGACGGGCUAGCGUUUACCGUCGAGCUCGAAGUGUUCCGAUUCGCCAACAGACGGGCUCUCUUCGAUGUUGGGAUGACUAGGUACCUGCCCAACAUGAAGGUCAGGAUCAUAUGUGGUCCAGAUGGAUCGGGCGUGUUCAUCUUUUUGGCGAACGAGAUGGAGAGGGCCUCGAAGGAUCCUUCAAGUGUUUUUGGGAAGGAGGCGGAGAGAGCGAGGGAGUUCAAGGUUGUUCGCUUGGAGAGGGGAAACCACUUCGUCUUUUGGGAUGAGCCAAGCUGGGCCCUUGAUCAGUUUAUCGCCUGCUUAGAUGACUGAUGGGUGGCGACCGACGGGCGACAAAAUACGUCAUUGCUGUAAUUGCCUGACCACUCAAACGCAACG